AUGCCAGCCAUCCUCGUGGCCUCAAAGAUGAAGUCGGGACUCCCUAAACCAAAACCGGUGCACAGCGCCCUGCCCAUCCCCCAGACCCACAACAGGCCGUCAGCUCUAGCUCUGCCUCCGGCGCCCGUCAAGACCCACAUCCCCUCGCUGGGCCAGAAGGUGGGUUCAGGACCCCCGAGAAGCAUCGCGCCGGUGUCAGAGGCUGGAGAAAACCCUCAGAUCUACACGGACUGGGCCAACCACUACCUUGCCAAGUCAGGACACAAGCGUCUGAUCAAGGACCUGCAAACAGACGUCACUGACGGCGUGCUGCUGGCUGAGAUCAUACAGGUCGUAGCCAAUGAGAAGAUUGACGAUAUCAAUGGCUGUCCCAAGAGCCGUUCUCAGAUGAUUGAGAACAUUGAUGCCUGCCUCAGUUUCCUGGCAGCCAAAGGAGUCAACAUCCAGGGUCUGUCUUCAGAGGAGAUUCGGAAUGGUAAUCUGAAAGCCAUCCUCGGCCUCUUCUUCAGCUUGUCCCGCUACAAACAGCAGCAGCAGCAGGCCCAGCGUCAGAACUCCCAGCCCUCUCUCCCACCGACCGCCCAGUCCCAGAACACACACCCUCCCCUGAGCCAGCAGAGCAGCGCCCCGGCACAGCUCGGCCACUCUCCGCAUGGGACUCCCGCCCUCACAGCCCAGAAAGCAGCGCAGGCCGAGAUGCAGUCUAGGGAUGGGUCUCAGAGUAAACUACUCAAGUUUUCCCUUGGUCAGAAAAAGACCUCUAGACUUCCCGGCCCCAUGGCGAGGGUGUCCACUGCUGGCAGUGACAUCCCUCCAAGAGGCUCAGUCAGUGCUGCUGGGAACCGACGCAGCCAGGGCUUCAGUGACAAGACCAAAGCCAACUCGCACCUGAACAAAGAUUCCUCAGAGGGCAUGACCUCACAGCCUUCAGUGAUGACUGAGCAUGCUCCGUUAUCUGCAGUGACCGUCAGCUCCUCCACCAGCAUCCCCGCUGCUACCUCUGCCCCAAUUCCUGCCCCAUCUUCAUCAUCCUCAUCCUCCGCUUCCACGGCCAUUCCCCAGCCCAACAGCAAGCCCUGGAGGAGCAAGUCGAUGAGCUCCAAGCACACGUCUCCUUCUCCCUCCUCCACCAGCACCCCCUUGUCUGCCAUGCAGUCUGUCAAGCAGGAGAAGGACGCCUCCUCUAAGUCGGCCCUGGCAGGUGAACCUCCUCCCAAGGUUGUCACUCAGAAGUCAAUGCUGGAGAAGCUUAAACUCUUUAACAGUAAAGGAGGCUCCAAAUCUUCCUCCUCUUCCAAUGGAGUAGGGGCCCAGGCGGACAACGCAGCCGCAGCCAGACAGCUUGGAGCGGGGCAGGUGGAGAGAGCCGAGACUGGCUCUAACACUGACCCCCUGGAGGAAGAUGAUGGCAACGUUCGGCCGGGAAUGAAUGGGACCAGCAACGGGAUGGCCUACGGAGCAGCUCCCUCAGCAGGUACUACUGUCUCCACAACCGCCAGCAGCCCCAAAAUCGCCCUGAGGGGCAUUGCCCAGCGCACUUUCAGCAGAGCUUUGACUGCCAAGAAGGGCUCUGUCAAAGGCAGUGAGAAAGACAAGGACAAGGAGAGGGGGAAGGAGAAGGAAAAGGAGAAAGGGAAGGAGGUGGGAAAACGCAUCUCUGUCCCCGACCGGACAGAGCUCAGGGGCGAGGAGCCAAAGGAGGAAGUAGCACCUGUUGCUGUAGACACAGACAGCUCAAACAAAAGGACCUCUAAAAUCACCAGCUUCAUUCCCAAGGGGGGUAAAGUGGCCAAAAAGGAGAGUUCCACCCCUGCACACAGCGGAAUACCAAAGCCAGGAGGCAAAGCCCCAGGAGUCGGGGGGAAAGCUUCCUCAGUGAAGGAGGCGGGGGAGAGGCCUCGGAGCAUGCGCUUAGGAGGGGGUCUCGCCAUGCACCGCAGCCCCCUGGACAGAGACCGGGACAGUAGACACUCCAGCUCUACUUCCAGUCUGGCCUCCACAGAGGGAAAGACCAGCUCUGCCCCGGUGGCAGCAGGAGGCACUACGCAGAGCACAGCCAGCAACACUGUCAGCGUGCAGCUACCUCAGACUCAACAGCACCACAGCCACCCCAACACGGCCACCGUGGCACCUUUCAUGUACAGAUCCCAAACAGACGGCGAGGGAACAGCGAACCCUGAGACCGGCUCAGGUGGAAUAGGUGGAGACAUUUCCUUCACCAAGACCAGCCAGCUCUCCAUCGAGGACCUUUCAGGCGAAGACCCGGAGACGAGGCGGUUGCGUACUGUCAAAAACAUAGCAGACCUGCGGCAAAACCUGGAGGAGACCAUGUCCAGCUUGCGAGGAACUCAGGUCUCACACAGCACCUUGGAAACCACCUUCGAUGGCAGCGUCACCACAGACGUCAGCAGUGGUGGAGGCGGCAGCAACAACAGCGGAGGGGGUCGGAGCAUCCUCAGCCUCACUUCUACCCGCCCUUCCUUGUCGUCAUGGCGACUGGGUCAGUCCAGCCCUCGUCUGCAAGCGGGCGAUGCUCCAUCUAUGGGCAACAGUUAUGGCGGCCGGGCGGUUGGCGGCCAGGGAGGACGCUACCUGUACCCUGGACACCUCCGACGGCAGCUGGCUGGCAGGGGAGGAGCCCUCUGCAGCGUGGAUCUCGGAGACAGAGCCGGAGAGGACAUUGACCUGGACAGCAUCUCCAUGGAGGUCACUGGAUACAUGAGCGAUGGAGACGUGUUGAGCAAGAACGUUACACGCACUGAUGAUGUCAACAGCGGCUACAUGACUGACGGAGGGUUGGGUCUGUACACGCGACGCCUGAACCGCCUGCCCGACAGCAUGGCCGCCGUCCGAGAGACACUCCACCGAAACACGUCGUCUGGACAGGGAGAUGCUGACAGCUGGGAUGACAGCAGCUCUGUGAGCAGUGGCAUCAGCGACAACAUCGACACAGAUGACAUCAACACCAGCUCCUCCAUCUCCUCCUACGCCAACACGCCUGCUGCACAACGCAAAGGCCUCAGCACACAGCCUGUGACGGAUGCAGAGAAGCACUCGGCCUCCACAGCCGUGCACCAGGCCUGGUCAGGAGACGAGGUGAAGAGGCCAGACGGAGGGUCAGACAGCGGGGUCAGGAUGGAGCCGGGAUCCAAGUGGAGUCGCCGGAACCCCUCCGACAUGUCUGACGAGUCGGACAAGGGCGGCUCGGGGAGGAAGACCCCCUCCGUGUCCCACACUGGCUCUUGGAGGAGAGGCAUGACCGCUCAGGUUGGGGUGACGUCCCCCCGCACUAAAAGCACCAGUAGCACAAGCUCGACGGGCUCCGCUGGCCUCAAAACACACAGUUCAGGUAAAACAGAUGAUGUCAAGGUGUCUGAAAAGGGUCGUCUCUCUCCGCGUGCUAAUGGCCUCCACCGCUCGCCCUCAGAUGCAGGACGCAGCAGCGGCGACGAGGCAAAGAAGCAGUCGAUCCCCCCCAGUCGCACAGGGACCACAAACGUCCUCACGCACACCGUAUCAGACCCCCACUCCCAGACACACACACUCACCUCGCGCACCCCGACCAGCACCUUUGGCUUUAAGAAGCAGGGUCCUGGCAUGGUAACCAUGGUUACUGCCAGCGGCGCCACCAUCACGAGUGGGUCAGCCACACUGGGGAAGAUGCCCAAGUCCGGGGCACGUUCGUUGGCUGGAGGCUUGAAGGCCGGUGGGCAGGAUGGCGGGUCAGCGCUGGGUCACCACGAUGACGGCUUCCUCCCCAUGAGCGCCCGCUCCACACUGCAGUACCGCAGCCUGCCGAGGCCCAGCCGCUCGGGAGCAGCCGCCCGCAGCGGAAACCGCUCCUCCACCAGCAGCAUUGAGGCCGCCGUGCUCUCCGUCACGUCUCAUGGGAAAAACUCAAUCAGCAUCACCAAGACCAACGGCACUGGAGGCCUGCUGGCCAAUCAGACGGAUCGGGAGAAAGGCGUCUCUGAGAUCGACAACCUGAGGAGCGGAGGAGCAGCGACUGUUCCUCUGACAGGAAGACAGCAGGUUUCUUCACCUACACUGCGCAGGUUGUUUGGUGGGAAGCCCAGCAAACAGGCUCCCGUUACUACGGCUGAAAACAUGAAGAACUCCACUGUUAUCUCCAACCCGCACGCCACCAUGAACCAUGUGGCCACGGUGUUGGAGUCCCCCGACGCAGGUCUGGGAGGUGUGGACAGUGAGACCAGCAGCCCCCUGUUUGGAGGCAGAGUGCACGGAUCAGGGAUGGGAACGCUGGGCAGCGAGCAGGCCUCCAGUCCGGGCUCAGUCUACUCCUCCACUGGCCCCUCCAACAGCCUAACGUGGGGCACCACCUUCAGCAGCUCCUCCGCCCAGAGCCGGGAGAGCACACUGGGCGGGCACGGCGGGACAGGAAGCGUUGGGUACCCCUCCGUCAGCAGCAUGCACACCAGCAGCGAGUCCAUCGACAUGAGCCUGGGCAGCGGGGGCCAUGGGACCCACAGGGAGGACACCCUGUCCGCUCUGGGCCGCGCUGGCAGUGUCAAGACCGGCAUGUCUGAGAGUCCCCUCUCCUCCCCCUCUGCUAGCCCAAUAUUCAGCCGAAACACGCUACCUCGGAAGCAGGACAGCGGGCCACACUGUGGUAGAAACACUCUGCCAAAGAAAGGACUCAGGUAUGGUCCAUCGCCACAGCUGCGAGGCCACGAGGAGGCCCGUGAUUGGCUGCGUUCCCACUCCACCAGCGGGCUGCAGGACUCAGCCAGUAACUCCCCAUUCUCCCCCGGCUCCAGCCUCACCUCCCCCUCCGGCACGCGCUUCAACUUCGGACAGCUCGCAUCCAGUCCGACCUCAGCAGCUCAGAUCAACCUCGCCGGUAUGCGCAACAACAGCCUGACCAAUCAGGAUGUCCCGUUUGACCCUUGUGGCGACAACCGACUGAGGAACUCAUGCAUGUCGCUUGACGAGAAGACUCGCACCAUGAGCAGAUCGGGCUCCUUCAGGGACGGCUUCGAGGAAGUUCAUGGAUCAUCUCUGUCUCUGGUCUCCAGCACAUCUUCCAUUUACUCCACAAAUGAGGAGAAGUCUCAGUCGGAGAUCCGCAAGCUGCGCAGGGAGCUGGACGCCUCCCAGGAGAAGGUUUCCGCCCUGACGACACAGCUGAGUGCCAAUGCUCACCUGGUGGCAGCGUUUGAACAGAGUCUGGGCAACAUGACCAUUAGACUGAAGAGUCUCACCUUGACGGCAGAGCAGAAGGACUCCGAGCUGAAUGAGUUGAGGAAGACCAUCGAGCUGCUGAAGAAGCAGAACGCCGUUGCUCAGGCUGCAAUCAACGGAGUCAUCAACACACCUGAACUCACGCCUAAAGGGGACAGGACAGCCGGCAGUAACGGCAGUCAGCAGCAGCAGAAUCAGCAGCCAGACCUGCGCAUCAGGAGGCAGCACUCCUCUGACAGCGUCAGCAGCAUCACCAGCGCAACCAGCCACUCCAGUGUGGGCUCCAACAUGGACGCCGACGCCAAAAACAAGAAGAAGAACAAGAAGAACUGGCUGCGAAGCUCCUUCAAACAAGCGUUCAGCAAAAAGAAAUCCCCCAAGUCGGCCUCUUCUCACUCGGACAUCGAGGAGAUGACGGACUCAUCGCUGCCGUCCUCCCCCAAACUGCCCCACAACGGCACCGGCGCCUCCGGCCACAUGCUCAGGAACACACACUCCAACUCGCUAUUAUCUGAGUGUUUGGACAGCGAGGCGGAGACGGUGAUGCAGCUGCGCAGCGAGCUCAGGGAAAAGGAGAUGAAACUGACAGAUAUCCGCCUGGAGGCUCUCAGCUCCGCACAUCAGCUGGACCAGCUCCGGGAGGCCAUGAACCGCAUGCAGCUGGAGAUCGAGAAGCUGAAGGCGGAGAAUGACCGUCUGAAGGUGGAGAAUCAGGGCAGCAGGACGGGCUCCCAGGCCUCCAUCUCGUCCUCUCCUCCCCCUCACACACACAACCAGGCCCAGGGAACCGGACCGGGGCUCUCCCAGCACAGCCUCAACCUCACCACCAGCGAGUCCACCAGCCUGGACAUGCUGCUGGACGACACCGGCGGAGAGGGAGGGAUGAGGAAGGAGGGUCGACACGUGAAGAUGGUCGUAAGCCUGGACGAGGACAGCAAGUGGGGAGAGGAGUGCCGGCCUCGCCACUUCCUGAUUGGCUGCAUCGGUGUUAGUGGUAAAACCAAGUGGGACGUCCUGGAUGGAGUGGUCCGACGCCUUUUCAAGGAGUACAUCACCCAUGUGGACCCGAUGAGCCAGCUGGGCCUGAGCUCGGACAGCGUGCAGGGAUACAACAUCGGAGAAAUCCACCGGCCCAGCAGCCCCAGCGCCGCUCGCACGCCGGAGCUGCUGCCCUGCGGCUACCUGGUGGGAGACAGCAACACCAUCAACAUCCAGCUCAAAGGUGUGAGCAGUGAGAACGUGGACUCGCUGGUGUUCGACACUCUGAUCCCGAAGCCGAUGCUGCAGCGCUACGUCUCCCUGCUGAAGGAGCACAGGCGCGUCAUCCUGUCGGGCCCCAGCGGCACAGGAAAGACCUACCUGGCCAAUCAGCUGUCUCGACACCUGCUGCUGCUGGAGGGCCGACCUCUGACCCCGCAUGCUGUCGUCACUUUCAACGUGGACCACAAGUCCAGCAAGGAGCUGCGUCAGUACCUGUCAGGUUUGGCUGAGCAGUGCAGCGGCGUCCCGGGGGCAGAUGGUCCUCUGGUGGUCAUCCUGGACAACCUGCAUCACGUCAGCUCCCUGGGAGAGAUCUUCAACGGCGUCUUCAACUGCAACUACCAGCACUGCCCCUACAUUAUCGGCACUAUGAGCCAAGCCACGUCAUCCGCCCCCAACCUGCAGCUUCACCACAAUUUCAGGUGGGUGCUGUGCGCCAACCACAUGGAGCCGGUGAAAGGCUUCCUGGGUCGCUACCUGAGGAGGAAGCUGAUCGAGAUGGAGAUCGGCAGCCGAACGCGCAACAUGGAGCUGGUGAAGAUCAUCGACUGGAUCCCGCGGGUGUGGCACCACCUCAACCGCUUCCUGGAGACACACAGCUCGUCCGACGUCACCAUCGGACCUCGACUCUUCUUGUCCUGCCCCAUGGACGUGGAGGGGUCCAGGGUUUGGUUCACUGACCUCUGGAACUACUCCAUCAUCCCCUACAUGCUGGAGGCCGUCCGAGAGGGACUACAGCUGUACGGCCGCAGGGCUGCGUGGGAGGACCCUGCCGCCUGGGUGAUUGACACUUACCCGUGGUCAGCCACCCCGACUCCAGCUGAAUGGCCCCCGCUGCUGCAGCUCCGCCCGGAGGACGUGGGGUUCGAUGGCUACUCUGCCCCGAGAGAAGGAGUCAGGAAGGAGCCACCGCAGAGCGACAGCGACGCAGACCCACUGAUGAACAUGCUGAUGCGUCUGAAGGAGGCGGCGACAUCGUCGAGCCCACAAAGCUACGACAGCGACUCGAACAGCAACAGCCACCAGGACGACAUCCUGGACUCGUCGCUGGAGUCGACCUUGUGAUGCCAUCAAAACUCAAUGCGGGGAUCCGUUUUCAGGCGGAACUUUUUCUAAGAACUGUUCUCACUGUGAGAACCUCUUGUUGAGGGUAUAAUUUCAUGCCACAAAAAUCCAGCCACCUUAAUUUGGGUGCAGGUAACCCAAAUGUUUGAAAAGAAAAAAAAAAAGUUCAAACUGCAUUUCAGAAAAUGGGCGACAAAGGUUUCUACUGCACUGCGCUGUUUUUUUGUUCGUUUGUUUUUUCACCGCUGUGGCCCGAUGCUCCUCUGUCAGGAGCCUGACAUCUACUUCACACAGACAGAAUAAAAGCACACAGCCUGUCACUGAUGCUGAGGCGUCAUCAUCGACAUCAUCACCAGCCAUCAGCAUAUCAAAAUACCCGCCAGGAGUCCUCCAUCCUCCACGGAGCCGCAGCUGCAGCUCAUCAACUGAAUGGGACCAGCUGCAGUGCCCCCAAGCUGCCUGCAGAUGGCGAUACAGGCCCUCGGAGUCUGAGUUCCCAGCUGAGGGGCCAGUCUGCUGGUCGGGUGGAUGCACGAACAACCAGCCAGCGUCUGCUCUUCCUCCUACUCUACGGCUCACGUUCCUGUGUGUUUGCUGGAGGAUAAGUCGAGCCAAAGUGAAUGUUAAGCCAGCGUGCUCGCCAGAAACUCCUCAGAGAGAUCAUUAAUUUCUCCUGACAAUGUUUGACAAAUUUACGAGUUGGAAAAAAGUGAAGUAAUUACAGCAUGAAAUUUCUGCCGCUAGGGGUCUCUCAAUCAAAACAGUGUGAAAAGAUGCAGCUUGAUGACAUCGUGAAGUAGCGUGGGAUCAUUGGAGUUGUGGUCUUCAUUGUUAAACAACCACUAUGGUGAUGAGAAUGAAUAAUGGUGCUUCAUCACGGGUGAGCAAUACAAACAAUAAUAAACAAUAGAGUGGCUGUCAGUGACGAAUCAUCUGGUGUUUUUACAACUAGAGGAAGUGAAGGCGAUAUGACGCCAUCAACAGGCGACCAAAUGAAAUGACAGAUUUCUCUGGGUUUGAACAUUGUUGAGAACAUUUGGGAUAAUGCAAGUCCACAACUCAGCUAAAUAUAUAACAUGUCUAGUUGUUUUUAGACAUUUUAAUGUGGAAAUAGUGCAUAUUUUACCUUUAAAAGAGUCCUAAUAACCAGCUACAUCUGAAUGUGAGUUAAACAGUCAAGACACUAAGUGGACAAUAAGGAUGAGAACUAGUGUCAGGAGAGAAAAUCUCUCAACUUUGUUCAGAUGUUUGAGAUUCGUUGGCCGAACACACAACUGUGACCAGACCUCCUGAAAAUCCAACGCUUGUUCAGUGCAACAUCCAGGAGGAUGAAAUCUAAUAUAUGAAAAAAUACCUGAAGGGUACCAGUUCUCACAAAAAACAAAGACUUUGAGGAGGAGCAGACACUAACCGGGAAAUAAACAUUCACCAUGGCUGGAUUUAUCUGUUUGUUUACCACGUUUGACAUAACGUCCUUUUCUAUCUGUGUUGUAACUAAGUGUCAUUUCACAAAGAACGCCUCUACGCUUCGAAGCUCUCGCUCUGACAGUUUAAUGAUCUCCAGAUCUCCAUGCACGUUGGCCCCAACAGGCUGUUGUAGCACAAACGUCCUCUGGUGCUGGACCGAAUUCAAACAAUGCCUUACUCUUUUCUAACAGACUAUGUGCAUUAGCGGAUUCUUUAUUUGUCUAAAUGGCUGUAAACUUAACAGGGCUCCGAGUCGCCUCUCUCGAGGAGCGGCGUCGACCUCUCGUCAUAUCAAACGCCAGUGCUGCGGGAUUGUGAAAGAGAAGCAGCACUUUGGGUUUCAGAUUAAGGUGUAUGCAUGUGUGACCCGGCGCUGUGAAGCUGGUGUAUAUAUUUGGACCACUAGCGAGAAAGAUAAAUAUUUUGAUGUGUUUUGGUGCUUGAAAUCAGAACCUUUUGCUGGUCGACUGGGUGAGGGAAGUUUAGGAAGACGUGUUGAUUUUAUACCUCAUCCCCAUCCUUUAACUGUGCUGUCGCCAUGCUCUGUUUUGAUUAUGUGAUUUGUGAUGAGCAAAACUAUAACAACGAACAUGUUGAACUAAUUAAGUGAAAACUAGUGUAUAUGCUGCUUUGUUAAUAGUGAUAUAAUUAAUCUGAGGUUAAAGAUAAAGGUACUUGUGGUUGAAUGAUUAUGUAAAACGGUUCGACAUCAUUUCUGUGGCUUAAAAAAUAAAGAAUAUUGUACUUUUUCUGUUUCAAGCCUCCCAGCCUGCCUUGUGGGAAGGGCAGGCAGACGUUUAAAGCCGGGGUCACGCGUCGCUUUCAGUGUUUCUGUCACCGAUCCUAUGCAACAUUCAUUCUGAUCUCCAAACGGAAGCCAAAAGCUGAACGUGCGUUUCCAGCACUGCCGAGACGUACAGCAUGGAACCAGAUUUGUGAAGACUUUUCGGAUUUGUUGCCCACGUUCUUUGUCCAUGUGUGUGUCUGUGCAUUUUCUAGAGGCUCCCCUGCUACGGUCCUUUUAAGCACAAAGAGACUGAUUGUGUUCGUCUUGUGUAACGCCUGCUCUGAGAGGUGUGGAUGUUGUUGAAGCAUUUGACCAGUCUGUCAGUUUAUUACUCACAAACUCAAUGAAUGUUUAGCCUUCUUUGCUAUGUACAUUUUUUGAUAUGUAACAUAACUUUGUAAAUAGUUGAUUACCUUGCAGCAUUUUGAUGACUUUUUCUAGCUGAUUUGUAACAGUACUUGAAAAGGAGUAUUUUGUGUACAGUCUCUUUACAUCAGAGCAGAUCGGUGCUGUUUGUCAUCACCAGUCUGUCCAGGGCUCGGAGAAUUAAAUCUUUCACUGUACUAGUCUUAAGUUAUUGUGAUUCAAUAAAAUUAAUGAUU